AUGGAGCCCCGCCCCGAAGGACAGCGUUACAAUUCUCUCGAUGUCGUUUCGACAACGUGGGGAGAGGCCGGCCGCAAGUUCCAGCCUCGUUCGAUUUCUUUGGAUUUCCCUGAGCACCACCGCUACCUGGCCCCUGCUUGGCAUGCUGCACCUGCACAAGCCGUUGCCGCUGUCUCCAUCUUGUGUGCCAUCGCUCCAUAUCCGCUCAUUACUAUUCUGUCUCACGGCCGAGGCCUCACAUUCACGACUGUCGUUUAA